AUGACUAACUUUAUAGAAGAAUCAAUGAUUAUUAAUCGUCUUACUUCUCCUCAAAAUUUUAAUAAUCCAAAUUAAAGGCCCUCCAACUUGAAACCUUACUAUAAACAUUAGUCUAUUCCCCAAAGUAACCACAGUAGUGUACUCAAUUUGCUUGAUAUGGAGAAUCCUAAAAUUGUUGAUGACAAAAACUCUGACAACAUUGUAAAUCCAAUGAGCAGUUAAAGCGAGUUGUCCUCUGAUAAUUAAAGACAGAUGGAAUCCGAUCUGGAAUUAAAACAAGUCUUGACAGAAAUUAAUGAUCCUGAUUGUUCUUACUAAUGUAAUCUAAAAGAAUCUUAAAUAUGUAAGGAAAGUGAAAUAAAGCAAAGUAAACAUCAAGCUAGCAUAUCAGAAUUCCAACAACAAUAGAUUGAAAAACAUAAAUAAAUUAUUCUCAGGAAAAAUUAACACUUGAAAUUUGCUAACUCAUUCAAUACAUAUGUGAAUCAAAAUUAGUUCUAAUCUUCAAGCCCAACCAAUCAAAUAUAACUGAAUGAAAUUAGAUAAGAAUAUUAGAAUUUAGACAGAGAUUAGCUCAAAAAUUUCAAGGAAAUCUAUAAUUUUUAUUGUAAAUAGCCAAUUACAACAAAUAAAUAUUAAACAUUCGAAAAACUAUAACAACUCUCCAACACCAUGAUAUUAUAAAAGUUUAUGAUUUUUUGUAAAGAUUUCAAAUUGAUUGAUCUAGAAAUCUCAAGCGAUCUGAUAUCAUUCUUAGGUGGUAAAAUUAACAAUCUUCGAAAAAAGCAAAUCAAUUACAAUUAUAAAAAUAAUAAUAGAUCUAAUUUCAUAUUAACCAAAUUUUAUCUCGUUUAAAUGUAUAAACAAAAUGCUGAUAAAAACAUGGAAUUAAAUCUUGAUAAUUUCAUCAUCUUAAUUUAAAAACUUGCAGAUUUGCUUUUCCCUUAAUAAAAUUAUUUACUCUAUGAAUUAUUAGAUCUUAAGAAUCCAAUAGUUUAUAGAAAAAAAAUGACAUUGGUUGGAAAACCAUUUCAUACAAAGGAAUAAAGCGAAAUCAUAACUUAAGAAAAAUUGUACUAAAGGAAAAACAUAAUAUAGCCACAUUAAAUUAAAUUAAAAUCAGAAAGCACGAAAAAGUAAGAAGACAAUUCACCUCUCCAAUUUCCAAAAAUAUCAAGAAGAACAAAUACAUACAAAUGUUAUUCCCCUUGUAGCAAUGACAAAUAUAAAAUUGAAGAAGGGAAUUCUUUAUAAUUGGAAGAAUUGUAUGAUUAUAAACAGGAUUUUGAACAGAAAAGGAUUUUAUUUGAACGUUAGUUUAAUGAAAAAGAAGAAGACUUUAAUUUACAAGAAUUUCAAUAUAGUAAUCGAAGAUCAAAUAAAAAGAAAAAUAGAGGAGAACAAUUUUAUUUCUCAAAAAUUAAUAAAGCUUAACAAUUUUCUCUAUACAGCAAUAUUUUAGGUUCUAUUCAUAAAUGUGAAAGAUUAUCUAGUAAUAGUCGAAAUUAAAUAGAAAUUAGUCAAAAUAUGGUUGCGUCAGGUAACACGAGGCCUUCAAAUAUGAAAAGUUUUGAAAAUCAAGAGAACUCUGCAAAAAAAUCUCCUUCCUAAUCACCUUAAACCAGAGAGCUAUGCAAUUUGGAAAAGAAAUAUUUAAUUCAUAAAGCAUUUGCAAAUUAGUAAACAUGCAGAGAUAAUUAAAUUAAAAAGACAAAAUUUUGA